CUUAUCUCCUCUUCUCUCCCAUAUCUCCUUGGCUCCUUAGCUUGUUUAUUUACACGAAGAACCAUUGGUUUAAUUCAUAAUACUUUAGAAUUAUUUCUUCAACGAUGCCUCUAGCUCCCCCCGCAGAAGGCAUAUUUCCUACAAUAGAGGAUUGCGAGAGAGCGGUACAAGCUCACGCUGCAGCAGAGGGCUAUGCCGUAGUUUUACACGCAAAAGCCAAAUCGAAACGUACUGGCGAAUAUAUCAGAUAUUUAAUCCGUUGUGAUAAAUCAGGAAGUUUCCAAUCUAAAGCAACAAUCGGGAUUAAGAAGACUACCACUAAAAAGACCAACUGUCCAUUUUCUUGUGUCAUGAAUAAACGUCAAGAUGGUGUCUAUUUCGCCGUGACCGUUCCAGAACAUAACCAUCCUCCAUCUAGCAACCCCAGCGAGCAUGUGCAGCACCGAAAGUUGACCGAAGAGCAACGACGCUUCAUAGAGGCCGGCGCUAUCGAGAAGAAGACGGUUAGAUCUAUUCACGAGGAACUUCUUAAAGCAUAUCCGGAAUGUCUCGCGAAACUCGAGGACAUUGGAAACCAUGUCCAAGCUUGGAAGAAGAAGGCCAAAGACAACGCUACAGGGGUGCAAGCUCUUUUAAUCAAUCUUCAGGAGAGGGAAGACGUCUGGAGCUUUCCUUUGGAAAGAAACGGUAGCUUAGAGGGUAUGUUUUGGGCUCCGAAAUGGUCUCAGUCCCAUUGGCAGCGACAACCGGAUAUCCUCAUAAUAGAGACAAAACACAUGAUUGACCAAUCCGUCCUCCCCGUUAUCGAGAUGAAUAGCGUCCUGGCCGUGAACUCGCAACUCGGAGCUGGUUAUGCUAUCCUCCCAGACAAGAAUGACCCCACUCUUUGCUGGCUUAUGCAAGCUGUGGAUAAACUCCGUCAGCGCUUGAGAACCCCCAAGUUACAAAUCCUCAACAUAACAGACUUCAAGACUGCCGAAAGAAAUGUUUUAGUCGAGGUCCGUGUAGGACGGAAUCUACGUGUCGUAUGCGGAAGGCUCCUUGAUUCCGGAAUGGAAACGCCAGCUCAAUUUUCCGGUAAUCUCGAUGACGUCAACGGCGACCAGAGCUUCGGAGUAGUUAUGCGGGGAUGAUCAUAUACAUUUUUAAGCUCUGGCUCGUGUAGGAAUAUCUCACAUAUUAAAAUGUCAUUCCCCGACGUUGAAUUUCGAUAUUCGCGAAGAGGGGUGGUAUCGAGUGUCAUUAUUUCGGAGUUAAUUCGAGGUUCAUGUUGGCGCGAUUGAAAUUUGUCCUGGUAAAAGUACAUCCUAAGAAUCUACACUCAGAAGAAAGGGAACCGUUUUAGCGGGUAUGAGUAU